AUGAGCGGACACGACUCCAAGUACUUCUCCACUACGAAAAAGGGCGAAAUCCCUGAGCUCAAGGAAGAACUCAAUUCUCAGUACAAGGAUUCACAGGACCCAAAUCCUUUGAUCCGUGCUUUGGCCGUACGGACGAUGGGAUGCAUUCGUGUUGAUAAAAUCACAGAAUAUCUAUGUGAUCCCCUUCAGAGGUGUCUCAAGGAUGAUGAUCCAUAUGUUCGCAAGACGGCAGCUAUAUGUGUUGCUAAACUUUACGACAUAAAUGCUGAGCUAGUUGAGGAUCGGGGGUUUCUGGAAGCUCUCAAGGAUUUAAUAUCUGACAAUAAUCCAAUGGUUGUAGCAAAUGCCGUUGCAGCUCUUGCAGAGAUUCAAGAUAACAGUAGCGGGCCCAUCUUUGAGAUCACCAGCCACACACUUUCAAAGCUCCUUACUGCCCUAAAUGAAUGCACCGAGUGGGGUCAAGUUUUUAUAUUGGAUGCGCUUUCCAAAUACAAAGCAGCUGAUGCUCGUGAAGCUGAAAAUAUAGUGGAGCGAGUUACUCCACGGCUACAACAUGCAAACUGUGCAGUUGUUUUAUCAGCUGUUAAGAUGAUCCUUCAACAAAUGGAACUCAUAACCAGUACUGAUGUGGUUCGAAAUCUUUGCAAGAAAAUGGCUCCUCCUCUUGUGACAUUACUUUCAGCAGAACCUGAGAUCCAAUAUGUUGCAUUGCGGAACAUCAACCUUAUUGUACAAAAACGGCCAACAAUCCUUGCCCACGAAAUCAAGGUGUUUUUCUGCAAAUACAAUGAUCCAAUUUAUGUGAAAAUGGAAAAGUUAGAAAUCAUGAUAAAGCUUGCUUCAGACCGUAAUAUAGACCAGGUUCUGUUGGAGUUCAAAGAGUAUGCAACCGAAGUCGAUGUAGAUUUUGUCAGAAAAGCUGUUCGUGCUAUUGGACGCUGUGCAAUCAAGUUAGAGAGAGCUGCUGAGCGGUGCAUUAGUGUCUUGCUUGAGCUGAUUAAGAUAAAAGUAAACUAUGUCGUUCAAGAAGCUAUUAUUGUUAUCAAGGAUAUUUUUAGAAGAUAUCCUAACACCUAUGAGUCUAUCAUUGCUACUCUUUGUGAGAGCUUAGACACGUUGGACGAGCCAGAGGCUAAGGCAUCGAUGAUCUGGAUAAUUGGUGAAUAUGCUGAAAGAAUUGAUAAUGCUGAUGAACUCCUUGAAAGCUUUUUGGAGAGUUUCCCUGAAGAACCUGCUCAAGUCCAGUUGCAGUUGCUGACCGCAACAGUCAAGCUUUUUCUUAAGAAGCCAACUGAAGGCCCACAGCAGAUGAUUCAGGCAUGUUCUUACGAUUCUGUUGUGCUGAAUAAUGCCACUGUGGAGACUGACAAUCCGGAUUUGCGAGAUCGCGCAUACAUAUAUUGGCGUCUUCUUUCCACUGAUCCUGAGGCAGCUAAGGAUGUUGUGUUAGCUGAGAAGCCUGUAAUCAGUGAUGACUCAAACCAACUUGAUUCUUCUCUCCUUGAUGAGCUUCUUGCCAACAUUGCUACCUUGUCCUCCGUCUAUCACAAACCUCCAGAUACAUUUGUAACCAGAGUGAAGACCACCCAAAGAACUGAAGAAGAAGAAUAUCCUGACGGAAGUGAAACGGGUUAUUCUGAUGCACCUGCUCAUGCAGCGGAGAGUGGUGCAUCACCACCAGCUAGUUCAACGGAGAGUGGUGCGUCACCACCAGCUAGUUCAAGUAGUUCUUUUUCUGCUGCAGCAAGGCAAGCUGCCCCUGCACCAGCUGCACCUGCAUCUGUGCCCGAUUUGCUUGAUCUAGGCCUGGAUAAUAACAAUAGUAGUAAUAAUGCUCUUGUUUCUGUUGAUCAGCCUGCAGCCUCUGCUGGCCCUCCUCUGCCUGUUUUGUUACCAGCAUCAACAGGUCAAGGUUUACAAAUCAGUGCACUGCUGAUAAGAAGAGAUGGUCAAAUAUUUUACAGCAUGUUGUUUGAUAACAACUCGCAGAUUCCUCUUGAUGGAUUUAUGAUUCAGUUCAACAAGAAUACCUUUGGCCUUGCUGCUGCUGGACCACUCCAGGUCCCGCAAUUGCAACCUGGGACAUCUGCAACAACUCUCCUGCCUAUGAUUUUGUUCCAGAAUAUUUCCCCUGGACCACCAACCACUCUUCUACAGGUUGCUGUGAAAAAUAAUCAACAGCCUGUGUGGUACUUUAGUGAUAAAAUCUCGUUGCUGGUAUUAUUUACCGAGGACGGGAGAAUGGAGCGGUCUACCUUUCUUGAGACAUGGAAGUCAUUACCUGAUUCAAAUGAGGUUUCAAAGGACUUUCCAGGUAUUGUGAUUAACAGUGUGGAAGCAACUCUAGACCGGUUGACUGCAUCAAAUAUGUUCUUCAUUGCAAAGCGUAAACAUGCCAACCAGGAGGUGUUGUAUCUCUCUUCAAAGCUCCCUCGUGGCAUACCUUUCUUGAUUGAACUCACUGCGACAAUAGGAAUCCCUGGUCUCAAAUGUGCAAUCAAAAUACCUAGCCCAGAAAUGGCUCCUCUAUUCUUUGAAGCCAUCGAGACUCUUCUCACAAGUUAA